UGCGACACCCGGACUAUGGUCAUGAGGUGGAAAACUGUGUCAGCCAUCUUCUUCUUGGUGGUGUUCUACCUCAUUAUUGGGGCAGCGGUGUUCAGAGCACUGGAGCAGCCUCAGGAGAGCUCCCAGAAGCUCGCAAUCCUGGCACAAAAACUUGAAUUCUUGGCCAUGCACGCCUGCGUGAACUCCUCUGAGCUGGAGGAUUUGGUGAAGCAAGUGGUUUCUGCAGUCCGAGCAAGUGUGAACCCUUCAGGAAAUGCAUCCAAUCAGACGAGCCUCUGGGACAUCAGUUCCUCCUUUUUCUUUGCCGGGACUGUUAUCACCACUAUCGGAUUUGGGAACAUCUCUCCUCACACAGAAGGCGGGCGGAUCUUCUGCAUAAUCUACGCUCUGCUUGGAAUUCCUCUGUUUGGGUUCUUGUUGGCUGGUGUCGGGGACCAGUUGGGAACCAUUUUUGGGAAGGGCAUCGCCAAAGUAGAGAAGAUGAUUGUGAAGUGGAAAGUCAGCCAGACGAAGAUCCGCGUCAUCUCCACGCUGAUCUUCAUCCUGUUCGGGUGCCUCAUCUUCGUGGCUCUGCCAGUCGUCAUCUUCAAGCAGAUAGAGGGCUGGAGCACGCUCGAGUCCAUCUACUUUGUCGUCAUCACGCUCACCACGAUUGGCUUCGGAGACUUUGUCGCCGGUGGGUUGGAGAAUCCAGAGUUUCUUAACUACUACAAGCCUGUGGUUUUGUUCUGGAUUCUGGUGGGCCUGGCGUACUUUGCCGCUGUGCUCAGCAUGAUAGGAGACUGGUUCCGGGUCAUCUCCAAGAAAACUAAAGAGGAGGUUGGGGAGUUUCGAGCUCACGCGGCCGAGUGGACAGCGAACGUGUCGGCAGAGUUCAAAGAGACCCGGCGACGACUCAGCGUUGACAUCUAUGACAAAUUCCAACGCGCCGCAUCCAUCAAGCGCAAGCUGUCGUCCGAGCUGGGAAUGAACACGGCCCUCAACCAGGAGAUGACCCCUGGCAAGAGGGCGCUGUCCUGCAGCCUGUGCGAGGACAGAGAGGCCUACCCCAACUUGACUCUCUCCCUCAGUCCCAUCACGGGGGGCCUGGCCAGGAAUGGCAGCCUCUACCUGAACGGCCUCAGCCCGGAGUACGCUGACCGGCAGGAGAUCGCCAUCAUCGAAAAUUUCAAAUGA